AUGGGCAACAAGAAGGCUGCUCGCCAACGACCUCCCGCCCCUCCGAAAAAAAGCUGGAAUAAAUGCUAUUUCUUCAUCUCAGCGACUUUAUUGGCUUUCGGUGCGUAUAUCGUGCGACAAAUUUGGCUAGCGUCGCUUUUUGUACCCCCGUAUGUGCCUGUCGAUAUACCAGCUAAUUUCUAUGACGGCGAGCGCCCCACCACCGUUCCAUUUCAACUCCCACCUGCACGAAAGAUUCCCACUCAUCCUAUUCAGGAGCAAGAUAAGGAAAAACUUCACGCUAUACGCGUAGCUUUUCAGUCUUCCUGGGGAGCCUACAAGCGGAAUGCCUGGGGUAUGGACGAAUAUCACCCACUCUCCAAAUCAGGUACGAACCUUCUUUUGAAAGAUGAAAGUCCUGUUGGAUUCACCAUCGUGGAUGCUCUGGAUACACUUAUUAUACUCGGUAUGGAGGAAGAUUAUAUGGAUGCUCGGAACUGGAUUCGGGACGAACUUUCCUGGGAUGUGGACGGCCGCCUGAAUGUAUUCGAGACGACUAUUCGUAUCUUGGGUGGACUACUCUCUGCGUCUGCACUUAUGCUCGAUCCUCCUGCUGGUACCCUGCGUGCCUCUCACGAGGAUUCUAUCUUCUUCCUGACACGUGCACAGGAGUUGGCGGCUCGUCUGUUGCCGGCUUUUGAUACGCCCUCCGGUAUUCCCAAGCGUGAAAUCAAUCUUCACACAGGUGAAUCUUUUUAUGAUGAAGAUAACCAUGGCUCUAGCAGUUUAGCAGAGGUUACUACCAUUCAACUCGAGUUCAAGUACCUUGCUGAGCGCACCGGCGACCAAAAAUAUUGGAGAAUUGCAGAGCGGCCUAUGCAAGCGGCUUUGAAAACUGUCAAAGAAGCCAAUUUCGGCAUUCUGCCGAUAUUCUUGAGUCCCCACGAUGGUGAAUUCUAUUUGUCUGAGAUUCGUCUCGGCUCACGAGGCGAUUCCUACUACGAAUACCUGGUCAAACAGUUCAUUCAAACUAACCGCACGGAACAGGUGUAUCGGAAUAUGUACGAGUAUGCGUUUGAUGAUAUCAAAGCAAAGUUGCUCAAACAUACUCCAUGGCUUUCGCCCCCUCUUGUGCAUACACUGGAGAUAUAUCCAAGAAACAGGGGCAAAGAAUGGCGUGCUAUAACAAAACAAGACCAUCUAGUGUGCUUCCUUGGUGGUACUAUGAUGCUCGGUGCAUCGGUAAUGGUGAAUGGUACUCUCCUGCCUCCCAAGCAGAAGUAUGGUGGCACCAGGGCCAUGCGUGAAGAUUGGCGAGUCGGUCACGAACUGAUCCGUACAUGCGUGGACACAUACACAAAUUCGGCUACAGGUCUUGGUGCGGAGAUAGUGUUUUUCAGGUCCACCGAAAACGCGACCGAUCGCAGGGCUUGGGUGGUGAAACAGGCCAACCGACAAACGAAUCCUGAGGCCGGGCCUCCCAUUGAUGCGCGCAAUAUUCUAAGGCCAGAGACAAUCGAGUCUCUUUACAUUGCAUUUCAACUCACAGGGGACCCCAUAUACCGUGAAUGGGGUUGGCAAAUCUUUGAGAGUUUCCAGCACUGGUGUCAAGUUGAUGGAGGGGUUGGUGGCUAUGCUGGUAUCGACAAUGUCGAUGAUGUGAACCACAAUCAAAUCGAUCGCAUGGAAACAUUUUGGCUUUCUGAAACUCUUAAGUACUUCUAUUUGCUAUUCUCAGAACGCAACAUUCUCCCUUUCCAUACUUGGGUCUUCAAUACGGAGGCACAUCCGCUGCCCAUAUUCACGCCGUCCUUCCUUACCAAGAUCGAUUAG